GGAGCGCAGAAGGGGCGGGGUUUACCGGAAUACGGCGUGGGAAGAAAAGCGCCAGUCAGAAUGUCAACUGUCAAAACAAACUAGAAACUCCGGGGCCUUUUUAAAUCCAGCUUUAAACAACUGUUAAGUGUUUUUUUUUUGUACCGAAUCGGCGUCUUUAAGCCAGAUGUUACCGGAAUGACAGCGAAACUGUGGAUCAUUGUGGUCGUCACUCUGCUGUGUGAGGAGCGCGAGUGCCGUGAGGCCGUCCUGCACGUCUCUGAUGGGAUCCUCGAUAAGUACUACUGUCUCGUUUAUAAUGCAUCGUGGACCAACAUCUCCAGCUCUCUUAGUGAUGCUGUGCAGUACAAGCUGGUGAACCUGACGUCGACUACACUGUGUGAAGUGGGCAGAGUAACGCCAGAGUCGGUGAAGGGUGCGGCGGUGUGUGUGAUGAAUGGAGGCUGUGAAUUAAUCCAGAAAGCUGAGGUGGCUCAGCAGCUCGGGGCCUCAGUGCUCCUCAUCGCCAGCCAGGAGGCCAUGAGGACUCCAUCAGCCAACGCCAGCGAGCGUGAUAAAGUGACCAUCCCUCUGGCGCUUAUGAGGUACCGCGACGUCCUGGAUGCGCAAAAGGUGUUUACAGGUGAGAUGAAGGUGCAGCUCUAUGCUCCGCCCACCGCUGAAUUUGAUGCCAGCAUCCUCAUCAUGCUUGGGAUUGCCGUCUUUACUGUGGCUAUGGGCGGCUUCUGGAGCGGGGCAGCUGAGAAGGCAAAGCAGAGUGUGACGGUCUUCUCUGAAGGAGAGGAUCGAUCAGACAGCGGGGAUCUUACACUCUACUCGCCGAUGAAGGUGCUGCUGUUCGUCGUGCUCAUGUGUGUGAUGCUCGUCCUCAUGUACUUCUUCUACAGGUACCUCGUGUACGUGAUCAUCGUGAUCUUCUGCCUGGCGUCGGCGACAGGACUCUACAGCUGCCUCGAGGCGCUACUGAAUGCAGUGGGGUGCAGUAAGAUCAGUGUGUCCUUUGGGGAGAAGAGCUUCUCUGUGAGGAAUCUGCUGCUUGCUGCUGUGUGCAUCACGCUGGCUGUGGUUUGGGGUGUUUACCGAAAUGAGGACAGGUGGAUCUGGAUCCUACAGGACGUGCUCGGGAUCGCUUUCUGUCUAAACUUCAUGAAGACCAUCACACUGUCUAAUUACAAGAUCUGUGUGAUCUUGCUCAGCCUGCUGCUCGUUUAUGACGUCUUCUUCGUCUUCAUCACGCCGUUCCUCACACCUAACGGAGAGAGUAUUAUGGUGCAAGUUGCUCUCGGCCCGGGUGCUGGAGGAGAAAAGGGCAGUGGUGAUGUGGUCGUUCCUGCAGAUCCUACGCCCUCAUAUGAAAAAUUGCCUGUGGUGAUGCGUAUUCCACGGUUUUCGGCGUGGGCUGAGAACCUGUGUGAGAUGCAGUUCUCCAUCCUCGGUUAUGGUGACAUCAUCAUUCCAGGUCUGUUGGUGGCGUACUGUCACCGGUUUGAUGUUUGGAUCGGCAGCUCGUACAGAGUCUACUACACCUCCUGCGUUGUUGCGUACACUCUGGGCCUGGUGUUGACCUUCGUGGUCAUGCUGCUGUCGAGGGUUGGUCAGCCUGCUCUGCUGUACUUGGUCCCGUUCACUCUGCUCACCAGCAGCCUGCUCGCCUGGAAGCGCAAAGAGUUCAGACAGUUCUGGGCCGGAACCACGUACCAGGUGUUGGACUCAUCCAGGGAACCUUUAAUACCAGAUGGAGACGCUGAAUGUCCCAGUGCAGUGAGGAAGUGCUGAUCGACUGUGUGUGUGUGUGUGUGUGUGUGUGUGUGUGUGUGUGUGGCACUUUAAGCCCUGUGAUUGGCUGUAUCAGGACCAAUACAGUCUUAUUGUUCUCUCUUUAAUAGCAUUUAAUAUCUAUUUUUUUAAAAAGGCCUUAAUCAGUGCCUCAGACUCCGCCCACAACGCACUGACACAUGAUCAAAGUGUUUUACAGACACUGUGACCACGGAAAUGAGACAAACAUCCAGAUCACCAACAUUUCCUCAUGAUGUGUUGUGUGUUGGUACAUUAGUGAGAAGAAGCUCCACACGAGCGUGUGACCAUGAGCAGGUGAUUAACGCGACCUGUCGCUCACUUCCUGUAUUACACUGUGCCAUACCGCAGCCGGUGGAGCCACGGCGCACGCUGAUGCGGCCUGUACAACGGGGCCUUUUUCUUUUUUUACACAAUGAUUUCAGAGUUUCUGUGUUUAAUCAGGUCUUCAUUAACAAUCUGUUCUUUUCAUGCCUUAAAUCAAAGAUGAACAAAUGUUUGAGUUUUUUAUUCUUGUUCUUGCUCACAGGAGGAAUGGGGUAGCCGUGAUGUUUAAUUAAAGCAGGAUGACGCUGUUUAUGGCUAAAUAUCAUCAAAGCACAGGGUUCUUAGACUUUACAAGCUGUUUUAUUUUCUGAUUUUUUACUGACCCUUAACUUUGCUGCUCGAGACUUUGAGCCUGUUUAAAGGGUUCACACCUUAACGGGUGCUUUAUGAUCGAACACUUUAACGAAGCACAAAUUCAAAUCGGUUAAACUGAAGGGAUGUAAACUUUGGAGCAUGUGAUAAGAAAUAAAGCUACUGACUGGGAUUGAA